CUUUUACAUCUGAAAGUCCCUUACAAGAGCCGGCCCCACUUCUCGGUGAGGCCCCCACUAGAUCCGACAUGCCAGAAAAAAAGUUGCCCAGCAUCGCAUAGCAUCUUUGACAUUUUUCAACACCAACCAAACUAUCACCAACACUUCUCUUUCCAUAGCCCCAACCUUACCACCCAAUUAUCACGAUCGCCAUAAAAUUUACAACGGAGCCAUUGACGCUCUACUCUCCAAAAUGGCCGAGCACGAAUCCCAAAUGCCCUUCAUUCGCAACCUCGCUUCAAGCGAUCGCAAACUUCGAAUGUCCUCCUUAGAAUCCCUCUCAACAUUCCUCUCCUCGCGCUCAAGCCUCUCCGACGUCGACGCCCAGAAGCUAUGGAAAGGCCUCUUCUACGCCCUGUGGAUGACCGACCGACCCAUCCCCCAGCAACGUCUCGCCACAGAUCUCGCCAACCUCCUCUUCACCCUCAAGCCCGCCUGCGCCAUCCCCUGGCUGCGCGCCUUCUGGGCCGUCGUAGGCGCCCAGUGGACAGGCAUCGACGUCUACCGUCUUGAAAAGUUUCUCCUCCUCGUCCGUCGCGUUUUCGCUUCCCACGUACGACUAGCUCGCGAGCGAGGCUGGAAGGACGGUGAUGUAGAGGCUAUUGUGGCUGUGUUGGAGGAGUUUCCUUUUGAGAAGGAGGGUGAUCUGCGAAAGAGCCCUGUGGGUAUCAGAUUGCAUGCGCUGGAUAUCUGGGUCGAUGAGUUGGAGCGUGAGGAGGCGCUGGAGCAGCCUGAGGCUGAGAAGUUUGUUAAGAGCUUGGGGGAUGUUGUCAUUGCGCUGAAGACAUGUCCUGUUAAGCCUGUGAGGGCGCGCUGUGCUGAGAGUUAUGAGGAUGAGAGGUUGCCGUGGGUUAAGGCUGCCAGUGGUGAUGAGAUGGAGGAAGAUGAGGAAUGGGGUGGUAUUGACGAUUAAGAGCCGGUAUUUGCAGGCGCAUGGCGUUGGGAUAGGGAAAAUGCAUUGCGGGUAUGCCCGACUUCUUUAUAUAUGGGCACGAGGUUGAUAUCAUCUGAGAAUAUCACCACCAUCUAUUAUCAUUACUACUUGAAGAGUGCAAUAAUGUAUCUUUGAACGCCCGCUCCGAUAUGCAUUUAAUAGCAAUGUAAACUGUCCCUUUGUGCCCCCGUAGAACCACCACUCUGACAACUGUAGACGCUGAAUUCACCAAACCCUGGUAUCUCCUCCGACAGUCUCAUCAUCGUCGACUCGAAUCUCAUAGCCCAUCUCUCUCGCUUCCUUCUGUCGUUGUUCCUCCUCCUGGGCUCGCUUCCAAGCUUCCAGCCUUGCUCGCUCCUCGGAUGUCUGUAUGCGACGUUUCAUAAGGCCCUUCUUGCGGAGACGACGACGAUGCUGACGCUUCUGCUCAAACGAGAGCCCGUGAAUGUCAAUAUCGGUGAUUUCGCGAUCGUACCAGAUGUCCUUCAUGUCGGCAAACCAAUCAUCCACUUCUUCCUUGAGUUGUCCAGCUAGGAUGCGACCACGGCCCCCAGUAGCCCACUGGUCCAACUUCACGGGAAUGGCAUUUCCAAAGGUGGGAUCAUCGACGGACCAGACGCAAGGAGGAUUGCUGCAGCUGAUUGGACGACAGAAGGCGAGGCACAUAGUAGACUCGAGAGCAUACCAAAGGCCGAGGAGGAAAAGAAGAAGACCAAGGAUUGUGAAGCGGAAGGAUGGUUUGCGGUGGAAGAGUGGUGGAAUAGGUAGUGAAACGUAAGACACCGUCUUGCCGUCGGAAUGCGUGAUGAAGGCGGUGCCAGCGCCGCCGUUGUCGUGAAGGGUGGCCAUCUUUUCCGGCAGCGGCUCGGGUUUGACGAUGUCAAGGAGGUUUUUCUCAGUUGGCUCCUCUUUAGGUGUCUUGAGCUCAGCUGACUUCUCUUCAGCGGCCUUGUUCUCGGCAGCUUUAUUCUUGGUGCUGACUUGAUCAGAAAGACGUUCAAUGCCCCUUGCUGCGGUAUGGAUUCCGAACAGGCUGUUCUUGAGGGUAUUGUUCAUGCGGGUGAGCCGAUCCAGAUCAGAGUUGUCGUUGUUCUGAGGAUCGAUUUGGUUUGUUCGUGUGUUCAGUUUCGUGUCAAGUUCCAAGUCGAAGUCGAAAUCGUCAUCAAGUGAUGGGUUCUCAGGUAGUUUAUCAAGGAGAGCCUCAACUUCUUGAGAUGGGGCUUUGCGACCGAGAAGAACCUCUUCAAGAUCAUCCAAUGUCGAGUCCUCAAUGUGAUGUGUUCGUUGAAGUUCUUUUAGGUCGUCUUUGACUGUUGGAAGCUUGGCCGAGUUUUUCAGUGUUCCUCGGCGCCGUGACAGAGAACGAGUGCGCCGUCUCCUCACCCCACUUGACGAAGUCUUGGUGCUAAGUUUGUCGUCUGUCCCCGGGUCCGAUGCUGUGUCCCUAUCACUGCCACUCAGAGCACGAUCCGUCCUUUUAUCACGGAACGAUGCAGAUCUUUGUCGCAAUGGCCUUUCCUCCCUCUUUGGCUUUUCUUGAUUGUCUUUUACUUCGAUCUUCUCCACCUUGACUGUCGCUGGUGUUUCCACGUAUGCGCCCGUGACCUUUGGCGUGGGCAUAGUCAAUGGAUCCGGCUUCGUCGGUCGUGGUGUCGCAUCGAGCUCUUUUUCAUCGUCGAUAUCAGGCUCUGGAGAUGGGGCCUUCAUAGAGCCUUUCUCAGAGUGAUUGUCGCCAGGCGCAAACAGAUUGGCCUCCGCCUCAAUGCGGUCCGUAGGGUCCGCCUCUGAAUUCAUGGAUUUCUUACUCUUAACAGAUUCCGUUGAACGAGUUCGAGACAGGCCAGUAAAUGCGACACUAGGUUUGGGACUGAAAUCUCUGUUAGAGCGAUGUUGACGAUUUCGGUAGCCAUUGCUGGUUGAAGGUUGAGGAAUUGCAGAAGCAGCGUCAGGCUUGGGUUCUAGGGGCAAGAGAGCCGGUUUGUCACUGUCGGCCACCUGUCGCGGCUCAGGUUCUGGCGCAGGGCUGGAACUGGCAGCCCGCGCCAGGCGUCGUAGUAAGUCUCGGGAAUCAGUACGUGUGUGCGACAGACCUGGUCGCGCACGACUUGUCUCGUCCUUUGAGUUACCAUCCUCCCUGGGGUGGUCCGACUCUGCGCUCUCGCGUCGCGACUUGAAUAUUGUCACAGGCGUGUCGGGGAUACUGACACCGGCCCCUUCAAAAGCAGACCUAGGUCGGGGCGACGGCUCUUUCGGUUCGAAUUCACUUGUCGUUUUUGUCUCUGGGAGCAUCCCUCGGCUUGUCCUGGGUCGAUCUUCUGGAGAGCGUGAGCGACUCAUUGCAUUGUGCUCACGAAUCUCUUCUAACUUAAUUGAUGCCAUUGACCUCCUGGGUAUGCCGUUAACCUCCCGCUGUCGUAUGUCGUCCAAUUUGGUAUUUCUUGGUCUUGGUGCGUUUCGAUCAGGUAUGGGUAUUUGAUGCUCGACCUUUUCCUCACGCUCCCGUAUCUCGUCUAUUUUUGUAUUAUGUGGUCGCGGCGGCUCAAGAGGAAUAUCGCUUCCUGUCUUGACCUCCCGUGACCGAAUCUCAUCAAGCUUGGUGUUCCUCGCCCCGGGCGGCGCCACCCUCGUCCGUGAGUUUAUGUCAAUUUCACUGCCUUCAUCGAAGUGAAUGCGGUUUGCAAACGGACGCGCACCCAUGCGAAGCCUUGGACUAUCCGAAACUUGUAGCUCUCCAGCCGUAAAGUCGUCAUCCACCUGCCAUGCGAAACUCUUUUCGGGAGAUGCUGGGCCAGGUGCCUCGCUUUGAGCUUCUGGGCCCUCAAUUGACGGGUACAACUCCUCAAUACCAGGGACUAGAGCUGGAAUCCGUCCUUGUUUCGUCAGGUCGUCUUUCGAAGGCAUUUGUCUCAACGAGUGCGAGCCUAUUCGUAGUCCAGCAGCACUCCCAGGCCGACUGUCAGGUCUUAUCCCGUUGACGGUGGUAGUUGGAGGUGCAUGCGCAGGCGUAGUACUCUCCUGGGUCGGCUCUCUAGGCGUAAAGGAAAGUCCUGCCCUGGACUUGCCAUAAAAGUUCCGUCGUCGCGGCGACUCGGUCCUGUCUGGCGUUUUUUUUAUUUCGGGUAUUCUUGAAGCAAUCGACCCUCGGGAGAAUGGGCGACUCGGUGCCUUUGUGUCCAGGUGAUCGUGACUUAACAUCUGCCGCAUUUGAUUUCCUUCUCCUUCGUGUCUCUCGCGCCAAACCCGGGGCGCUGGACUAGGCGACGCAUCAACCGGUUGUGUGCCAUCGCUGUCAUCCUCAAUUUCCUUUGCAGCGAGACGGAAAGCAUCGGUCAUUGAGAGUCGUUUUCGAGUGGAGGAGGAAAAUCCUGGUGUAGGUAAUUUGCUGUCGCGCGAUCCAAGACUACCGAUGCUUGCUCUCCUGUCGAGAUCCGAAUUUGUCGAUCGCGCGAACCCAUUGCUUUGUAUACUAGAGCCAAGCCUUGAAUUGUUCUGCUGCGCUUGAUCAUUCUCCUUAUUCCUGUCGGUUCCCCGCGGGAUGUUGCUUGCGAAAAGAGGUUUCCUUCCGGAUUGCUUCACAAUAAGCUGACUAGGCCGCUCGGCCAGCGAGCUCUUGUCGCGAUCCAUCGGUGACACAAUUGAGUGUGAUUAUACGCAGUUAUGGUGAGGUCGAUAGCACAUUAUUUGUCGUCGUGGGAAGCGCGUUCAUUGCAUCGCGAUGGCGACUAAAAGUAUUCGGAUACGGUAAUAUGGUCGCUCGGAUGUGAUAGUCGUAACUAUAUGUCUGGGUAUGUCGAGUGGAUGUUCGUACAGCUGGAGGUCGGGUAUCUUGUACAGUCGCGAAUCAAAAUAUCAACAGCGCGCGCAAAAGAUGAUUGACCAAAUGUUUUUGUCGAGUCGUGGUUUAAACGCG